CUUUUAAUUCUGAUUCCGUACAAGUGGCGCGUGUUUGCAUUUUUAGAGUAACGGCGAGCACAAGUAUAGAAGAAAGAGAGAUGGAAAGAGCAGGAGCGUCGGAAACAAAACGGCUGUCUCUCCAGUCAAUACGGCCGUGUAAUCUGCUAUUUAAUGGCCUCCAUACAAAGGCUGUGAGGCAACUGUGAAAAUCACACCUCCGAGUGAAAACAUAAGAAGUUAGACAAUCGAUCAGUCCACCAAUCUCGUGUCGUUAGUUCAAGCACUUGUUAUACGGAACAUGGCCUCAUCCGAAGAGACGUGACAGAGAAAACACUCCUCGACAUCAAACAAGAGGACUGUGCGUUGGGGUCCAUCAGCCUUAUGCCCGAUGGCAGGGGCGUAAAGCUAGAAGACUGCAAAGAGGAGGAAGUGAUGGUCAUUAAACUGGAGGAUUCUGAGCAGGUCCUGGAAGUGCAGACCUGGGAACCUGAAAGCGUUUGCGGGGAGCCGUUGUCUGUUGGGAAUCGCUUCACUCUGCAAGCAGAGUCCAGUGACGGCAGGCGCUGCUCACCCCUGGGGUGUUCUCUACACAUGCAGACUGACUUAGCGAAGGUUGAGGACAAAACCACUGAGGAGGAGGAGGAGAUCUGGUACAGGAGAGAAUUGGGAGAACAAGAGUCAUCUGAAAGGCAGCAGAAGUCGUCUUUUCAAGAGAAUGAAUGCCUCAGCCAAUCGGCACAACAGAAACAGCCAGAUAAGAAUAUAGAGAAUUUGACAUCUGCAUCACAAAAUGGAGCCUGGGCCUCUUUGCUAUAUGGCUGUGUGCCUGUAGAAACAAUGAACGUGAAUCAGCCGGGCCCCGUCGAGAAUCAAAUGACUGUGCACGUCUGCCAGGAGUGUCACAAACGUUUCAAUGACAAAUCGGCUUGGAAAAGCCACAGGAAGACUCAUCGGAGAGAGAAACAACACGGGUGUUGUAAAUGUGGGAAGCAGUUCUCGCGACUAAGCAUUCUUAAAAAGCAUUUCAGAAUUCACACUGGCGAGAAGCCCUAUUGCUGUUCUGAAUGUGGUAAGCAGUUCUUACAGAUGAGUGACCUCAAACUGCAUACAAGAAUUCACACUGGCGAGAAGCCCCAUUCUUGUUUGGACUGUGGCAAGAGAUUUUCAAAAAUCAGCUCUCUAAAGCUACACGGGAGAAUUCACACGGGGGAGAAGCCUCACUGUUGUUCUGAAUGUGGCAAACACUUCUCAUGUAUCAGCAACCUCAAGAGGCAUACGAGAAUUCACACGGGAGAAAAGCCCCACUGCUGUUUUGAAUGUGGCCGGCGCUUCUCACGCAUCAGUGCUCUUAAGGUGCACAUGAGCAUUCAUACUGGUGAGAAGCCGCAUUGCUGUUCUCAGUGUGGCAAACUAUUCUCACAGGUGAGCGACCUGAAAAUCCACACAAGGACUCCCGGUGGCGACAAGCCGCAUUGCUGUGCUGAGUGUGGCAAACGAUUUUUACACACCUUCUCCCUUAAAGUGCACACAGUUAUUCAUACUGGGGAGAAGCCAUAUUGCUGCACUGACUGUGGAAAGCGGUUUUCUCGAAAGAGGGACCUUAAAACACACACAGUGGUUCACACGGGCGAGAAGCCCUAUUGCUGUUGUGAAUGAGGCAAGCGAUUCUCCCGGAAAAGGGACCUUAAAACGCACAUGGUAAUUCACAUGGGCGAGAAGCCGCACUGCUGCCCCGAAUGUGGCAAACACUUCUCAAGCAUGAGCAAUCUUAAAAAACAUGCAAGAAUCCACACUAGGAGAAAAUGGCAAAACAGAUGAGGGCGAGUUCUUCUAGCAAGCAUUUGAAGCACCUACACAAUUAAUGGCAAAUUAUGAAGUAAAUGAAGGUUGGACAUUUCUAUACUGAAAGGCGCCACAAAGUCAGCAAUAGAAAUUGUGCUACAAAUACAAACAACCAUACCCAGAGAUGCCGUGGAACUGCAACCCCAGAAAGCAGAAAUGAAUAUGAAUGCAUUAGGAGAGUUAUACUAUGGAGAGGAAUCAGAAAACAGUUAACUAAAAGAUUCAGAUCAAUUUUGGCAAACAACUUACUUCUCCCCGAUAGUUAACAUCUGUCAUAUGGUUGUUGUGAAAUCCUUUGACACGAAGUCUAAAAAAGAGGAUUUACAAAAAGGGCAGCACAAAAAAAGGGGAUAAUCCUCUUAUCUCUUCUCCUUUUAGGCUUUGGGCCCAUUGGAUUGGCCUUUCCCCAGGCAGCCUGACUCCAAACUCAAAAGCCAGGUUUUCAAAAAAUACUUUAAAUUACUAUAAUGCCCUGAGAGUGGCAGCAAGAGAUUGUUUUUUUAUUAGUUAUAAAUAAUAAUAAUA